AUGACCGAGGUCCUGAGGAACAGUGGUGGCGACGUUGGUUCCGUGCUUUUAGCAGAAAAUGUGGAUGACAUUUUUGUCAAGCUUAGCGUGCCAGAAAUACAGCAAUUGUCUCACCUGUACAAACAAAUUAUAUCAAGUACCAAGGAGGAAUUACAUGAUUUGGUUAGUAAGAAAUACCGAGACCUAAUACUAAUAGCAGAAGACAUCACCAAUAUAAAUACACAAGCAGCAUCAAUUGACAAUAAUUUACGAGACUUAUCCUACAAACAUUCACUUUUUGUCUCACCAUACGAUGACAAAUACCUGAAAUUUGAUUCCAUACUUCGACUGCGAAAUGCUAAACGAGCGCAACAAAACUCAAAGCUCACAAUUUUAAAAAUCCUUAUCAAGAAUAAGCUUGGUGCAUUUAUGGAUCUCCAGCUGCUCAAGAAAAAGCCAAUUUUGCACACUUCAUACUUGGUGAAUUAUGUCAAAAUCAUCCACUCGAUUGAAUUCGUUUUUGAAAAAGUGCUUGAGCUGAGCAAAGCCAUUGAACUCAAAAACCAAUUGAGUUUGAUCAAAUCAAAUUUACAAAGCUAUAUAGAAUACGAGAUGGCAGCUUACAAUGUCUCGGAAUCAAUUUUAAACUCGAGCGAUAGAUUCAGAAGCGGACAACGAACGACAAAGGCUCAUAUCUAUGCUGAAGAUAAAUACCUCGAAUCAAGUGGAUACCACGAAGAUGAUAUGGACGACGGAGAGUUUGAGACAGCAGAGUUGGAAAACUACACCAACCAUCAAGCUGAGGCUGAAGCUGAAGCUGCAGAAGUUGAAGUUGAAGCUGCAGAAGAUGAAGAAGAACAGAAUGAAAAUGAUGUUAGUGCAGCAAUUAACUUUGACGUACCUGGAAAAACUUCACUGCCAAUAUGCAACUAUUUGGUUGCUUAUACGGCAUUGGUUCAAUGCUCUAUAACAUCAAUGAAAAAGAAGUUUUUCGAUUUGAGAUUGAGUUUCUUGAAAUCAUUGUUGGAAAAAUCUAGUCCAAGUGCAGGUUUAAACUGGGAUGUGAAUAUGCAAACAAAUUCCAAUUCAGAUCUUGGAACAACAAACCAGGGUCAAAGGCUGGUGAAUUAUUUCGCAGUAUUCAAGUUUUUAGAACGCACAUGUAAUUAUACUAAGCUUUAUCUUGACACAGAGCUGAGUGAGUACCACAGGAUUCUUGAGACUAUAAGUGCGCCAUGGCGCGCAAGCUCAUUGCUUAGUUACAGAGAAUGGUACGAGGACGCAACUAUGCAAUUUGACUUUUUGCAAAAGAGUUAUGAAACAAACCUGGUUGCAAAUAUCGACAUCAAUUGCAACUCAGUACACAAUGAUAAUAUUGCCAAAUUUCUAAACUCAAUUUAUCAAAUGAUUGACACAGCAUCUUUGCCUUUACCUUUGCCUUUGCCUUUGUCUUUGUCUUUGGAUCACGAUAUGCUUAUCCACAAAAUUUCCAACUAUACAUGUUUUAUAACUGCUUUGAAACGUCUCCAACUGUCCGUUGAAUUUGCUGGAGAUACAUCGCAUAUAGUGGAGAUUGUGUCUUCUGCCGACAUGGUGCAAAGAUUGACCACGGAUAUAUUGUCAUACUUGACAGAGUACACACAAAAGCACUCUAUCGUAUUGAACGACUCUACUAGUAGUGAAAAGGGAGUUUUGGUCCUAGUACAUAAAUAUCUUAGACUGAAUCAUCAACAAAAGCACCAAUCAGCAUUUAAGACAGAAGCAGUCAAUUUAAUGGACUAUGAUAUUGAUGCAUACCUCAAACUUUUAACUAAGUCAAACUCUAGUGAGCCCAAUCAGUUAGAUGCAACACUUGCAACAGUCAAAUCUUGGCUCAAUGGGUUUGAUGAUAUCAAAGAUAUUGUCAGUUUAUCAAAAGAGGUGUCACCAUCUAUAAUUGACAAUACUCAAAAGCUUAAACAGCAAGUUUUUUACGCUUUACCAGCUUUGAAUAGAUCGCUUUUAACCGCAAACAUUUCUUGGGGUAGUUUCUCGGCUCUUUCAUUACAACAGGGGAUGGAGCUGAUUAACAAGCAGAUAAUUUCCACCUUUGAAGAGGAAGUAUUAAAGUUCGUGGAUCAUUUACGGGAUGAGGCUAGAAAUAUCUACAAAGAUUCUAAGGCCGAUGCUGGAACCAGUGCUGCAGCCAGUGAAGGGGCCAGUGCUAGUGUUAAUCAUCUAAUGUUUUUGCUUGGAAUAUUAGCGACCUUGCAAACUUCACCAAGUGUACUGCAAACCUCCGUCCUAGCAGAAGCUAUCGCGGAAACAUGCGGUAUGAUAUACCAGCAAGUCAUUGAAUUGUUGACACGUCCUCACUAUGCUGAUAUUAUCAAGUUUGCUGCAACAAGUAUAUUUGAAACCAAUGAAUCUCAAACUGAGGCAAAGAUAAAAACGGAAACGGAAAUAAAACCUAAAACAGAAACAGAAAUAGAAACGGAGACAGAAACCAAAACAGAAACGGAAAAGAAAACAGUCAUGCCAGAGUAUGUCAAACCUGUAACUGCACAACCCAGUAUGCAAUUGGAGCUGAAAAUAUUUACCAUCGCUCAACAGCUCUUAAAUGCUGCAUAUCCUUUACAAGAAUGUGGAAUUGAAUUAUUUACUGAAGAACAACAUUUAUUGGAUGUGUUUAUAUCGGCAAAAGACAAUUGGCUAAAAGAAUUGAAAGGAAAUAUUGCAAAAGCCGUGCAACAAGUUUUAGAACUGCGGAACACAGAAACGUCAAGUCAAGGAGCCAAUUUGACUCGAAAGGAAGGCUUUGCUAAUAAAAUCUCACGACUGCAAGCAAUGAAUUUGCUUUCGAAUGCCUACUUUGUAUCCAAGCUAUCAAAUAAGUCCAAGCUAUUAAACAGUGGCUCUUCCGAUUCAGAAUGGAACAUCAUUAGUGAAUUAUGCAGCAAAGAGAUUGACGAAGCCUCCCGCGAACUUGUUGCAAAGGCCGCAGAGUCAUUUCACAAAGCUAGAAGAAAUUUGUAUUUACCCUUGCUGUUGUAG